AUGGCCACGGUAAUUAACAUGACGACUGUCAAAAUCUCAUCAGACGGUGCAUGGCAGGGUGAGAAUCCGCUCAAGUAUGCUCUUCCACUGCUUAUCAUACAGACUACGUUGAUCCUCGUCCUCAGCCGCACUCUUGCCUUCCUCUUCAAGCCUUUACGCCAGCCAAAGGUGGUAGCCGAGAUUGUGGCCGGGAUCGUUCUAGGACCCUCUGCAUUCGGCCGUUGGAAAGCCUACUUGCAAGCCAUCUUUCCGUCGUGGAGCUCCCCGAUCCUGGACACCAUCUCCAGCGUUGGCCUCCUCUUCUUCCUCUUCCUCGUUGGCCUCGAGCUCGACCUCCACUCCAUCUGCCGUAGCGGCCGCCGUGCCUUUGCAAUCGCCACCGCCGGCAUCCUCCUCCCCUUCCUCUCCAGCGUUGGCGUCGUCUUCCUCCUCCGCCGCACCCCCCUUUCCUCCUCCUCCAAUGAUAUCGACUUCUACCCCUUCCUCGUCUUCAUCGGUGUUGCCCUCUCCAUCACCGCGUUCCCCGUCCUCGCCCGCAUCCUCGCAGAGUUGAAGCUCCUGACCACAGGCAUCGGCGAGACCGCCAUGGCCGCUGCCGCCUUCAACGACGUCGUCGCCUGGGUCCUCCUUGCCCUAGCCGUGGCCCUCUCCGGCGGUGGUGGCAGCGGCGGCCACGCCACCACCCCUCUCGCCGCCCUCUGGAUCAUCCUCUCCGGCUCCCUUUUCGUUGUCUUCAUGAUGACCGCGGUCCGGCCGGUCAUGGCCUGGAUCGCCCGCCGGUCGAACCGGGCGGUCGAGGAGGUCUGUAUCUGUUUGACGCUCGCCGGGGUUCUGGUGUCGGGUUUCGCUACCGAUCUAAUCGGCAUCCACUCCAUCUUCGGAGCGUUCGUUUUCGGGCUGACGAUACCCAAGGAGGGGGAGUUCGCGGGAAGGCUGUUGGAAAGGAUCGAGGACUUCGUAUCGGGGCUGCUGCUGCCGCUCUACUUCGCAUCUAGCGGGCUCAAGACGGACGUGGCCAAGAUCAGAGGAGCGCAGGCAUGGGGGCUCCUCGCGCUCGUCAUCACCGUCGCAUGUGUCGGGAAGAUCGUGGGGACCUUCGUGGUGGCGGUGUCGAGCAAGAUCCCCGCGAGGGAGGCGGCGACCCUCGGGGUGUUGAUGGGGACCAAGGGACUGGUGGAGCUCAUCGUUUUGAACAUCGGCAAGGAGAAGAAGGUACUGAACGACGAGAUGUUUACGAUUAUGGUUCUGAUGGCGCUCUUCACGACCUUCAUCACCACCCCGACCGUCAUGGCUAUCUACAAGCCCACGGCCCGCUAUAACAGCAGGUUCCAAUCCGAGUCGCCAUCCUUCUCCUCCUCCUCAUCAUCAAGCAAACGCAACAAGUACCUCCGGAUCCUGGCCUGCCUCCAUAGCCCAGCCAACGUGCCUUCCAUCAUAAACCUCAUCGAGACGAUUCGAGGGGCCGAGAAGGCUCGCCUCAAGCUCUACGUCAUGCACCUCGUCGAGCUCACCGAGCGCCCCUCCUCCAUCUUCACGGCUCUUCGUGCGCGCAAGAACGGGCGGCCGGCCCACCACCCGCCUCCGAUGCAGCCCUGCAGCGAUCUGGACCGGGUCAUGAUCUUGGGUGCCUUCCAAGUUUAUGACAAAUUGGGCCAUGUUAAGAUCCGGCGAAUGACGGCCAUCUCUCCAUUGGCCACCAUGCAUGAGGAUGUGUGCCAUGUGGCGGAGGACAGGAAGGUGGGACUGGUGAUCUUGCCCUUCCACAAGCGUGGGGGAGGGGAGGGAGGAGUGGCGAUAGAGGACAUGGGGGAGGUCUGGGGAGAGGUCAACCAAAGAGUGUUGUCCCAUGCGCCCUGCUCGGUGGGCCUGCUUGUGGACCGCGGCUUUGGUGGACCGACGAAGACGGUUCGUGGGAUUUGUGUGGUGUUCUUCGGUGGGCCGGACGACAGGGAGGCACUCCAGGUAGGGACCAUGAUGAUAGGCAGCCCUGGUGUCAAUCUUACAGUCAUCAGAUUCUUGAAGUGGGGAGACAUUGACGGGCAACAGCAAUCAGCAGCAAGAUCCGUUCCUUCCGAGGAGGAAGAUGAGGAAUUGGACGAGGAAGCUGUGGCAGAGAUCCGGAAGAGCGACGGUUAUGCAGCAUAUGAGGAGAGGAGAGCAGAGGAUGUGAUUGAAAGCGUGUUGAACAUUGGGAGAAGUGGGGACUACGAGCUGGUUGUCGUGGGGAGGGGCCGGUGUUCUUCCAAGGUGGCAGCUACAGGGCUCAGAGGCUGGUGGGGCGAGCACGCCGAGUUGGGGCCAGUUGGGAAUGUCCUGGCAUUGCAAGGGCAUGGCCUGGUCUCCUCUGUGCUUGUGGUUCAACAACACAGCAUCCUCCACUCGCUUCCGAUGCCACCUCCCCGCACCAUGGAUGGAGAAAGGAGGAGCCCUCCAGGUCUGGCCGUUUGCACCAGUGUGUGACGUUAUGUUAGUACAACAUUGUUGUUUGGUCCUCUCAGUUGACUGUUGUAACAUAUGGGGAAAACAAUGAGAGCAUGUUUAAAAGCUACGUCUAUACGCUUUUAGCCUAUAUAUACGAUAAAUAUUGAAAAAUA